UUUAUUGAAGCGAAGAAGUCAAUAGCUGCAAGAAAAGCCAAAGUCUCCUAUAUGUCCACUGGUCAACCAGCAUUCAUAUGACAUCAUCAUUACAUCAGAUUUUCAUUUUCCAUUUAACGCACCGUCACCACUGUUAUAGAAUGUAAUCAUGACACCUGUUACCGGGUACCGAUGUCAGCUCCACCUGUCGAGGCAGACGCUGCAGGGCCACUGGGGCAUGCAUGAGGGGCUCAGCGGUCAAUGGAGGCGGCGUGCCACCGCACAGACCCCAGUCACGCCUCCCGCUGCUUAAAAAGACCGGGUGCUCCUCCCAUCAGCAGCACUUGGUCCUGAGAGCGUCCGACGAGCAGCAUCCACACUCCCUAGCUUCAUCGACAUGAAACUGGCCUUGUUCGUCCUGUCGGUGGGUCUGGCAGCGGCCGUCCAGCACGAUCAGUACAGCCAGACACCGCCCAUCAGACUCAUCAGCCAAUACUUCAACCAGGAUGGAAAAGGCAACUACGAGUACGGAUACGAACAGGACAACGGACAGAAGGUGAAUGAGGUGGGUCGCAGCUACCCGGGACCCGUGCCCGGCACCGGCUCCAUCAGCAAGGAGGGCGGAUUCGAAUUCGUCGCUCCUAACAACCAGAGGUACCGCAUCGACUACAUAGCCAACGAGGGCGGCUUCCAGCCGCGGGGAGCCCACCUGCCGCAGCCCCCCGCUCAGCUUCCCGAGUACGACCUGCUGAGGCAGCAGCACCCCGAGCUGUACCGUGGGUACAACUAGCCCGAAAACUGCUAACUCAACAGUCAACUUACCGGGGAUGGAACACAACGACUCCGAAUAGUGAAAUGAACAACUUUACUGUAUCGCAAACUCCGCCUUCCGUCAUGAAUGUGAAAAUGUGCUAUAUCAAUAAACGAAGAGAUGAGUAAU